AUGCUUUCCAUCACCCCGCCCCAUUCACCUGCUUUCCAUCACCCCGCCCCAUUCUCCCUCCUUCCAUCACCCCGCCCCAUUCUUCUGCUUUCCAUCACCCCGCCCCAUUCUCCCGCUUUCCAUCACCCCGCCCCAUUCUCCCGCUUUCCCUCACCCCGCCCCAGUCUCCCGCAUUUCAUAGCCCCGCCCUAUUCUCCCGCUUUCCAUCACCUCGCCCCCUUCUCCCGCUUUCCAUCACCUCGGCCCAAUCUCCCUUCUACCAUCACCCCACCCCAUUCUCCCUCCUUCCAUCACCCCGCCCCAUUCUCCUGCUUUCCAUCACCCCGCCCCAUUCUUCCGCAUUCCAUCACCCAGCCCCAUUCUCCCGCUUUCCAUCACCCCGACCCAUUUUCCCGCUUUGCGUCACCCCGCCCCAUUCUCCUGCUAUCCAUCACCCCGCCCCAUUCCCCCACUUUCCAUCACCCCGCCCCAUUCUCCCGCUUUCCAUCACCCCGCCCCAUUCUCCCGCUUUCCAUCACCCCGCCCCAUUCUCCCGCUUUCCAUCACUCCUCCCCAUUCUCCUGCUUUCCAUCACCCCGCCCCAUUCUCCCUCCUUCCAUGACCCUGCCCCAUUCUCCCUCCUUCCAUUACCCCGCCCCAUUCUCCCGCUUUCCAUCACCCCGCCCCAUUCUCCCGCUUUUAAUCACCCCGUCCCAUUCUCCCGCUUUCCAUCACCACGCCCCAUUCUCCAGCUUUCCAUCACCCCGUCCCAUUCUCCCUCUUUCCAUCACCCCGCCCCAUUUUCCCGCUUUCCAUCACCAUGCCCGAUUCUCCCGCUUUCCAUCACCCCGCCCCAUUCUCCCGCUUUCCAUCACCCCGCCCCAUUCUCUCGCUUUCCAUCACCCCGCCUCAUUCUCCCGCUUUCCAUCACCCGCUCCAUUCUCCCGCUUUCCAUCACCCCGUCCCAUUCUCCCGCUUUCCAUUACCCCUCCCCAUUCUCCCUCCUUCCAUCACCCCGCCCCAUUCUCCCGCUUUCCAUCACACCGCCCUAUUCUCACGCUUUCCAUCACCCCGCCCCAUUCUCCUUCUUUCCAUCACCCCGCCCCAUUCUCCCUCCUUCCAUCACCCCGCCCCAUUCUCCCUCCUUCCAUAACCCCGCCCCAUUCUCCCGCUUUCCAUCACCCCGCCCCAUUCUCCCGCUUUCCAUCACCCCACCCCAUUCUCCCGCUUUCCCUCACCCCGCCCCAGUCUCCCGCAUUUCAUAGGCCCGCCCUAUUCUCCCGCUUUCCAUCACCUCGCCCCCUUCUCCCGCUUUCCAUCACCCCGGCCCAAUCUCCCUCCUUCCAUCACCCCACCCCAUUCUCCCUCCUUGCAUCACCCCGCCCCAUUCUCCCGCUUUCCAUCACCCCGCCCCAUUCUCCCGCUUUCCAUCACCCCGCCCCAUUCUCCCGCUUUCCUUCACCCCGCCCCAUUCUCCCGCUUUCCAUCACCCCGCCCCAUUCUCCCACUUUUCAUCACUCCGCCCCAUUCUCCUGCUUUCCAUCACCCGCCCCAUUCUCCAGCUUUCCAUCACCCCGCCCCAUUCUCCCGCUUUCCAUCACCCCGCCCCGUUCUCCCACUUUCUGCGAGUUGCUCCCAGCACCCCCACCGGCCAGGCGAGUUGCUCCCAGCAUUCCUACCAGCUAG